AUCAAAACAUGACACGCCAUUCCAGUUUUCUUUUUUUUUCUUGCUGCUUGCUGUGGCUAAAAGAAAGUGGAUGUAGAAAUGGCCUGCUACAGUGGGCUCCGAUGCUUCGACAUUCAGCCGUAGACGCGAAAGAAAGGGAACUCUGCACUCAAGAAAACAGCCAUGAAGAGGGCGAUUUUACUUUUCGCUCUUGUCGCCUGCCACACCAAAGCGAUCAGUGCGCAGAAUCAAGAGAGGUGUUCCAAUGGACAGGGACCAACAGACGGAGAUUUGGUUCUUGACAAAGCCAUGAAGAAAUACUUCAUAUCCGAACGUUUCAAAGCCAUAUCUCUUCCGAAAUUCAAUUACACCGUCCGUGUGGCCAUGUGGAAUUAUCUGAUCGAGUUUUACAAUGGAACCAUCUUUGGUUUGAGUGCCGUUGAAAGAUUGGGCGUCAACUACAUGGAAGCUGAAACUAACAAAUCUAUGCGAAUUCGCGUGGCCUUGAAACUGGAAGGAUUGAACAUUUCAGUUGCCGCACGGACCAAGAGGUUCCUUUGGUACACUUAUUUUGAAGCAGACGUCUUCGCACCUGCAAGUACAUUCGUCGCGGAAAUAAAAGAGAUCAACAACACGCUCAUGUUGAAGCGGCUCGAGAUGAACGAUACCAGCGAGGUGAAAGUCCAGUUUCGCUUCCUAAGCCCAAUACUACGUUUACUGAACAAGCUUACGCCACUUCAGAGAUAUAUCAACAAGAGGAUAAAUGAGCAUCUGGAAGCUGAACUCUUCUACGCUGUUGACGAAGCUGUUCAUGCGCUGGGAGAACGGCGUGCAGAGCUGCAAUGCACGAGAUGCACGACGUUCGAAGCGGUCCUCCGAAAUGCGCUAACCUCGUACAAGCUCGACCCGAGUCCGCUGCCAGCGCUGACGACAGACCUGUUCGCCAAACUCGCUUCGGUCAAAGUCAGCAACGGAACCAUCCGAGGCCUGUCCAGGAUGCGCCAGUCGGGUGACGUCGUCGCCCGCAUCGACGAAUGCGGCGCGUACGUUUACGCCGACGUGACGGUGCGCAACCUGACCGUCACGCUUGCCGUGAAUGUGAGGACGUUCAUGGCCGACUUCAGAGCGAUAGUGAGCACCAACAUUUCAGCGAGGUUCAUCAUCGAGGUUGUCGAGCAAAACGCCACUUUCCUGCUGAAAACGCUCGUCGUCAACACGACCGACCGAGUAUACGCCACUGUUACGCCAAUUGGAGCUGUCAGUUCACUCGCAGCUUUAUUCCUACCGGCUAGGUUUAUUGCUGAAAUGACAAAAAGAGAGCUACAGCCGCUCACAAAGAGUACGAUACAAGGCAGUCUUUAUGCAUUACACGACUUCGCUCACGGAAAUAACACAAAAGGCUAAUAAAAGUCUGAUACACAAAAAGUCUGACCCCAAGGCUGAUAAGAACGCGCAUGGUAGCGAAUCUGCUGCCCUCUCAUGUCAGACGUUCCGCACUGUCUUGCAGUUUUAUCUCGCCUUAAGAAAAUAUGCAUGUUCAAUGCGCAGCUGCUACG